UUGAGAGAGAGAGAGAGAGAGAGAGAGGCAGCUGCUAGCUUCUGAGCGUCGAUCGGUCCAGUACGCAGCCUCUUGGCCAUGGGGAAGAUCGGCAAGGAGACGGCGGGUCAGAUCAUCAGCUUCAUCGGGCUGGUGGGAGUAGCAGUGACCACCGGCAUCCCCAUGUGGAGGGUCACCUCCUUCAUCGGUGCCAACAUCGUGACGGGCCAGAUCGUGUGGGACGGGUUGUGGAUGAACUGCGUGAUGCAGAGCACUGGCCAGAUGCAGUGCAAGCUCAACGAGUCGGUGAUGAGGCUGACCCCUGACCUGCAGGCGGCCCGGGCACUGGUCAUCAUCUCCCUUGUCUUCGGCUUCAUCGGUUUCAUGAUCACCUUCAUCGGCGCCAAAUGCACCAGUUGCCUGACGAAGGAGGCCUCCAUGGCCAAGGUGGUGAUCAUUGGCGGCUGCCUGAUCAUCUUGGCCGCCGUGCUUGUCCUCAUCCCGGUCACGUGGUCGGCUACCAUCACCAUCACCGACUUCCAGAACCCCUUGACCAUCAACGAACAGCGGAGGGAGAUCGGGGCAUCCAUCUACAUCGGCUGGGGGUCCACCGUCAUCCUCCUCGUGGGCGGGAUCAUCCUCACCACCUCGUGUCCACCGCAGAGGCCCACGUAUGGAUACCCGCGUUACCAGGCCCCGUACGGGUCAGCGUACGGCAACGGGUCCGCGUACGCCCCUGUUUACGCGCCACCCUCCAGUCAGCCCUACACGCCGAGCGGCUCAUAUUACCCCGCCAAGCCGUACGCAGCCCCCACAGGAUACUCGCCGCGGGAGUACAUUUAAACCCCAAAACAGACUGCAGACCGGAUCGGUUUCGUCCUGCUGACGCUAUCAACACAGUGUCGAGGUACACACUCAAGAUGGCGUGUGUUCUACUGGAAAAUGACUGGAAUGUGGCAUUAUUGUGCAAAUGAGUUUAAAGGAAUGGAUAUUUGUUGAUCGAUUGGGAAAUGUUGGUAAUACAGUGGAUCCCAGCAUAUUUGUGGAUUCACCUAUUCGCAGAUUGUUGGCAGGAACCAAUUGUCGUUAUUCACGGAAGCCCUCACUCAUUCGUUGUAUCUUUUUCCUCAUUUCCCACUUAUUUGCUUUUUUGAAACAAUCCCUCACUUAUUUGCAGUUUUUUUUCUCAUUGAAAAAAAAUAAUAAUAAUAACAGACUUGUAACUCAAAAAAACGUUAGGGCACAUAAAUCCAGGUACCACUGAAAUUACAUGAAAUCAGAUUGUUUUCGUUGAGAUUAUGCUAAAAUUUACCGUAGAUUCGACUUUUGACUGAUUUUUUAAAAUAUUUUUUACAAAUUUUUUUUUGUAUUUUUUCAGGGGUCAUGAUCCAGUCCUCGAUUUUAAUGGAGAAUGCUUAUUGACGGUUCAUACCUGUUUUUCCCCCCACAAAUUUGUAGGGGGAGGUAAGGUUUUUUUUAAUACAUUUACAAUGGCCGUCAAUCAUACACAUUUUUUUGGUCUUCACAGGCCGGCCACUGUCCUUAUUUCCCAC